GCGACACUGUCGUGGGUGAUUUCUCUGGCGCUAGGGGCGGGAUAGCCCGAAAGCCGGGCGCCAGCUGAGGCGGGGACACAGAUGGGCGUGGGGGUCUUAGUCUCCAGUGCCACCCACCCGCCGGUAUCUUGUCUGGCUCCUGUCACGAGGUGUGUCUACGGCUCAGGAGCUCCUGGGACAGAGAGUCUGAGCAGUUGAUGGGCCAAGAGGCGGCCCCCCUCUUCUGCUCACCUGAAUGCAGAUUGAGGAUGGGUACCCGAAGAUCCUAGAGACAGCUUCGCUGAAAGUGAGGAGUGGAGUCAAGCCCAGCUGCCCCGUGUUGGACCUGGGGGACACUUCUGGCGUCCAGAUUAAGAUCAUGACUCCUGUGAGCAACCAUGGGGUGGCAGAGAGCAUUUUUGACUUAGACUAUGCUUCCUGGAAGAUCCGGUCAACUCUAGCAGUAGCUGGCUUUGUCUUCUACCUGGGCGUCUUUGUGGUCUGCCACCAACUUUCAUCCUCCCUGAAUGCCACCUACCGCUCUCUGGCGGCCAAAGAAAAGGUGUUCUGGGACCUGGCAGCUACGCGUGCUGUCUUCGGUGUCCAGAGCACAGCCGCAGGCCUGUGGGCCCUGCUGGGGGACCCCGUGCUCUACGCCAACAAAGGUCUCGGGCAGCAGAACUGGUGCUGGUUUCACAUCACCACAGCCACUGGAUUCUUCUUCUUUGAGAACGUGGCUGUUCACCUGUCCAACCUGUUCUUCCGCACAUUUGACUUGUUUCUGGUUGUCCAUCACCUCUUUGCCUUCCUUGGGUUCCUCGGUUCAGCGAUCAAUCUCAGAGCUGGCCACUAUCUAGCCAUGACCACUUUGCUCCUAGAGAUGAGCACGCCCUUCACCUGCGUUUCCUGGAUGCUCCUGAAGGCUGGCUGGUCAGACUCCCUGGUCUGGAAGGUCAACCAGUGGCUGAUGGUCCACAUGUUCCACUGCCGGAUGAUCCUCACCUACCACAUGUGGUGGGUGUGCUUCUGCCACUGGGACGCCCUCACCAGCAGCCUGCACCCAGCCCACUUGGCACUGUUCCUUCUCGGGCUGGCCCUGCUCACAGCCAUCAUCAACCCUUACUGGACACACAAGAAGACCCAGCAGCUUCUCAAUCCUGUGGAUUGGAACUUUGCACAGGCAGAAGCCAAGGGCAGCAGGCAAGAAAAGACCAAUGGUCAAGUGCCUCGGAAAAAGAGGCUGUAGCGCCCGCCCAGGGGCUGGCUAGUGUCCAGGGUUGGGUAAAGUUUUCUUACGUAUGGAUGAAGAGUUUUUAUCUAGGUGAACACUAACUUGUUCUUUAGUAUGAAUUCUAAAGUACCCGUGAAGUAUUGCUGGGGCCCUGACGUGCCUGCAGGAGGUCUUUGCCAUCACGACCUUCCUCUGAGUCUUCCGGUGCGGCCCCAACCACAGCGUAUCUGCCAAGGCAGUGUUAGGGAGGAGGAAGCUAUGGCUGCCAAGUGUACAGGCUGCCGAGGAGGCCUGUCUGGAUCCCUGAGAGGAUUCAUCAGGAAGGACCCCGUGUGGGUGUGGACGUGCCUUAUUUGGAAGUCAUGUUCUUUUUUUUGCAUUGCAACGAAUUGACCCUAAGAAAAUGUGAUUUGCUGAUAUUUAUUUACCAGCCUGGGGAAUUUUAAGCCUGUGGCGGUGCACUGCCCUCUGGUGGCAAGAGGCGGAAGUUAUGGUAAGGGGUUCUUCUUGGUGGCUUACUAGAGUCUGUCUACCCCUCCUGGCAUGGUGGCUGUGUGAAAUCUUGUACUUCAAAAACAACAGCAACAACAAAAACAACAACAAGACCCCAAGCAACCUAAUAACCUCUUCUUUAAAUGAGAAUUUUUAGUAAUGUAUUUCUUAAUUGACAGAAUAAGGUGUCUGGAUCUUUGAGAUAUUUUUAAUUGAUGUAAGUGGCUAAGCCAGCCCCCGAUUCUGCUCUGCCUUUCCCCUCUAGGCUGUGAGGGGAUCCUGUCCUCAGACGAGCAUCCUGAGUUGCUAGGGCCCAGAGCAAGCAGCUUGCCUGACGUGCCCGUGAGCACACGCUGCACUGUUUCUGGGUUAGACCUCCAGACACUGGCUAGCUAGCAAUGAGUGCUAUUGGCAGACACAAAAACUUUCCCAGAGAACUAUUAAAGUACAGCUUGUUGUUUUGUUUGUCAGAACUACCUGAGAAAUGGUGGUUGUUCUUGAAAAUCAUGUGUGACUUAACGCGUGCCAUGGAUUGUUGGCCUCAGCACACUUUGAGUGUUAGCUCUUUAACUUUAUCAGGACGUACGACGCUUAUUUAUUUUAGUCUAAGAAUGCCCUUACUUUGUGUUUCUAAGACUGUCAACUGGAAACCCUAUAGCUCCCGUGUGUGCUUUGUCGAGGCGCCAGCCUGUCGGUUUUUAACUGGGCAGAAGUUUAAUAAAGUGACAGCUCUUUCCAAAACCCAAACACUU